AUGACAAUCGAUCUGAGUAAAGUAACUGUUUCAAGUACUCCGUUCGCUCUUAUCGAUGAGUACAGUGCUAUUCCACAAGAACAAGAAAUUCUGUUUUCAAUGCACACUGUUUUUCGUGUCGGUGAGAUUAAACAGUCGGCCAGCAAUAGUCGCCUGUGGGAAGUUCAAUUAACUCUUACAGACGACAAUGAUCCACAACUGGCUGCUCUCACCAAACGCAUACAAGCCGAGCUCUUUGGACCUACAGGAUGGCAUCGAUUGGGUCAUCUAAAGCUGAAAAUGGGUUACUUCAAUCAAGCUGAAGAACUCUACAACGAAUUACUCAAGGACGCUUCUAGUGACAGUGAUAGAGCACAUAUUUAUCACCAGCUUGGACGAUUGCAAAGCGGAAAAGGACAAUACACAGAAGCAGUUUCAUCUUACAAGGAGGCCCUCGAAAUUGACCGAAAAACUCUACCAGAAGAUCAUUCUUCAUUAGCUAAUACCUACAACAACAUUGGACUUGUAUAUGCCAACAUGGGUGACCACUCGAAAGCCCUUCAAUUUUACGAAAAAACAAUUAAAAUAAAAGAAAAAACUCUGUCUCCAGAUGACCCCGAUUUGGCUCUUUCCUACGACAGUAUCGCUUCGGUGUAUGACGACAUGCGUGACUACACGAAAGCGCUUGAGUUUCACGAUAAAGUACUUAAAAUAAGAGAAAAAGCUCUGCCUCCGAAUCAUCCACAUUUGGCUACUUCCUACAACAACAUUGGUCUUGCGUAUAGCAACAUGGGUGACUACUCGAAAGCAAUUGAGUCUUACGAUAAAGCACUUCAAAUAAGAGAACAAGCUUUGCCUCCGAAUCAUCUCGAUUUGGCUUAUUCAUACAACAGCAUCGGUGUGGCGCAUUCUGACAAGGGUGAUUAUUCAAAAGCGCUUUCAUUUCUAGAAAAGGCACUUGAUAUUCGACAACAGUGUCUUCCAUCAACACAUCCUGCAAUUAAACGAGUGAUAGACAAUAUUGACUACGUAAAAAAGAAGAUGUAA